AUGAAGCUUGAGGCUUUAACUCAGUUGGUUUGUCCUGCGUCAAUUGCCGUGUCGUCCAUAGCAAUGCUUGUCGUGUAUUUGACGAUCCCUUCAGCUCAAGACCGCGCUGUACAGCAUCUACCGACUCCUGAAGGCGAUUACCCGAUAUUGCGCAACUCACUGGAGAUUUUGAAGGCAAAUGAGUCUGGCGGGUUCAUCGACUGGAUUCUCUACUAUUGCCGCAAGUAUCAAGGUAAGCCUUGGUGUUUUCGAUUCAUGGGGAGGGAGCCAUAUAUUGUGCUUAGCUCUCCCGAAGCUUUUGAGGAUGUUUUAAAGACGCAUUUUGACGCAUUUGAAAAGAGCCCCAAUGUAUUCGAAGCAAUGUACGAUGUACUGGGUCAUGGGAUCUUUGCUGUUCAUGGGCCUUUGUGGCAACACCAACGCAAGACUGCGAGUCACUUGUUCACUGUAAACAUGGUGCAAUAUACCAUGGAGGUAGUGGUUCCCGAAAAGAGCAAGGAAUUAGUGAAGCGACUUGACGAGAUAUGUCAAAAGGAAAAUGAAGCUGAGCGAGUUGUAAACAUGAAGCAGCUAUUGGACUCGUACACGAUGGACAUCUUUACAAAAGUUGGGUUUGGUGUCGAUCUAGAUGGUGUGAAAUUCAACCAGAACACUGAGUCACUCAAUGCGUUCGAGCGAAUGUCUGUACGGAUUUUAGAACGAGUUCAGCAACCAACGUGGGUCUGGAAGCUGUUGCGCUGGCUGAACGUCGGACCGGAGAAACAAAUGUUGAAAGAUAUCAAAGUAAUGGACGAUUUCGUGUACGGGAUCAUUUCUCGCUCGAUCGAGGAGAAGAGGCAAAAGGGAUCGAUCGCGAGUUCUCGAAAAGACCUCAUUUCGCUCUUUAUUGAGAAAUCUGAGACUGAAUACUCAAAUGGCGCGCGCACGAAGAAGGACCUCAAGCUGAUGCGGGAUUUUACUUUGAACUUCUUAUCAGCUGGACGAGAGACAACGGCGACGACGAUGUCGUGGGUGAUCGUCAUGCUGAACAGGUAUCCAAAGGUUCUGGAGCAAGUCCGUGAUGAACUACAAAACAAGCUGCCAGACCUUGGAAGUGGCAAAAUGCACAAUCCAAGCAUGAAGGAGUUCCAGCAGCUUGUUUAUCUAGAAGCCACUAUUCGAGAAACGUUGCGGUUGUUUCCUGUCGUAGCGAGCACUGGACGCUCCGCGACCCGAGACGUUUGGUUGUACGAGGGCACGUUCAUUAAAGCAGGGACGCGAGUGAUCCUACCCCACUAUUCAAUGGGCCGUAUGCCAACGGUGUGGGGUCCGGAUGCUAACGAGUUUAAACCAGAGCGCUGGCUUGAUCCGAAUAUGAGCAAGAUCAAGGUGGUGUCACCGUUCAAGUUUACUGCUUUUCUCGGUGGGCCUCGCAAUUGUCUGGGCAUGAAAUUUGCUCUCACCGAAGUGAAAAUCGCCAUGGCCAAACUCUUGAGUCAGUUCGAUCUCAAGACAGUCAAAAAUCCCUUUGACUUCACAUAUCGUCAAGCUGUCACACUGCAGGUUAAAGGACCUCUUGACGUCCUAGUGUCUCGUCUGAAACCAUAA